UGAUUAGUAGCUAAUCAGCAACGCAACCUGGUACAUCUCUGAAAAGGUAACCUCUGUACAAGAGAAAAUGGCAUCAUUUCAUUUAAUUACGUUAAUUAUCGUUGUAAUGGCUUAUUCGUCGUCUGCAUUGAUCGACAUCAAUCAAUGUAUUUCGUAUCGUUAUUUGCCCUGUAUCAACGGUAAGAAUCAAGAUCCUACCCUCAUAUCCAAGGAUGAAACUAUCAUCAAAUACAACGAGUCCACGUGCAUUGUCUACCAAUACGUCCCGUGCCGGGACGGUUUGAAGAGUUUGUCCCUGAUGUACAACAAUGCCAGCAAAGGUGUUGACCAGUCGACCAGCUGCCAAAGCAAAACGGCCCUGGCCACCGCCUUGCUGACCAAAAGUUACUGCGAAUCGAAUUUAACCAGCUGCCUGGGUCAGAAAGAUGACAUCACCAUCGAAUUGAAGAACAAAGCAAACGAUUGGGAGAUUCGAUACCACAAGUCCGUCAACGAGAAGAAAUUCCUGUCCGAUUACAUGGUGUCCGUUUGGGACACUAGGAUCAUCGAUGAAGAAGCGGAAAAAGCCAAGCCCAUCAAGGAUCGAAUGCGGGACUACAUUCGUUAUUCGGUGGCCCGUUUGGGUCUACGCGAAUUGGUCAACGUGCCACCACUCAUACCAGAUUUCGGCGUCGUUUACAACGACAUUUUAUCGAUCAAGUAUCCCAUCAACGUCCCUGGGUGUUACAAAAACGGGGCGGCAACGUCCCUUUAUCCCAGUUUGUUUGUGGCCGUCUCGGGAGUGGCAUCAACCGACAUCAACAACCAGAAAAGACGCGACGAAAUUCGAACCAUUUUCAACAAGGAAAUCCCAGACCUGAAGAAAAAUCUCUUCAGUUCAAUCAAUUUCGCAUUCUUCCUGGGCCAACCGGUAGAUGUUGCCAACCAAAAUCUCGUCGACCAGGAGAGCGCCAAGAACAAAGAUGUCAUCCAGGUGGACAUGAUCGACAAUGGCAAGAACGACUCGAUGAAAAUGGCCGCCAUCUUUAAUUGGGUUCGGCAAUUUUGCGGUGAUGUCGACGUCGUUUUCAAGAUCGACGAGAAUUUCCAAAUAUCCACGUUGAGGAAACUCGGUUCGGCGUUGACGGAUAAACUUAUUCCCGACACUUUUGUCUACGGCGUCAAGGGAGACAUGCGCCCACAACGAGAAGUUGGAAAACGGAUGAUUACAAUGGAGGAAUUUCCCUGGAAAACUUUACCUGCGUAUUUCAACGGAUUGGCUUAUUUCAUCACCGGCAAUAUGAUCGAACCUUUAAUGGCGGCCUUCCAGACUGUUCCCAUGCUUCCAUUGGAAGACGUUUAUUUGGGCAUUUGCAUCAUCAAAUCCGACAUGAAGCUAUAUACUUAUUGCGGAAGGGACAUUGGCACCAGUAAAUGUUUUUAAAAGUUGCAAAUUUUCGCAAAUUUUACAUCCUUCCCCUGACGACACUGGCAUUUCUAAUGGAUUGUGAUUGAUUAUUUAAGCUAAAAAAUGUUGUAAAAUAAUUAAAAUCCAUUGGAAAUGUCAGUUUCGUCAGGUUGGAUAAUGUUGGAUAUCAUAUAUUUCUUAAUCUACUGAUGGACUAAAACUACAUGUAGUUUUAAACUAAAAUUUUAUGUAACUAAAAUUUAACUAAAACUACAUGGAGUCUAGUCCAUCAGUAGAUUUACAAAAUAUGAUAUAUCCGACAUUACUUUCUUUUUCUAUUCUUUUAUUUCUUAUUACAUUCCUUUUUAUUGUAGUCUAUUAGUAGAUUUAGAAAUACAUUUAGAUUGAGUGCAUGCAUACCAAUGUGAUAUUCAUUUCUCUGAUGCAUGAUCUUCCGUCUGCUAUGGCUGAUGCUUACGUGUAAACGUUAAAUAACAAAUCCAAACAUU